AUGCAAACGAAGCUCGUACCUGCAGAUCGUACCGCCGUUAUAUUCUGGCCGGGUAUAUCAAUAUUGCUGUCGGAUCUUCUUCGGUGGGCCAAAGUCACGCCUAAUAUCCGCCUUGUUAAGGCUACAUUGAAUGCAAACCCGAAGGCAAUGAGUGAUCGAAUUUUAAUUGGACGUGAGCCAUUAUGUCGUCGAGAAUCAGUUGAUCAAGCUGAUUUCGACUACAAUUUUGUGGUGCCUUUGGAAUUAGUGAGGACUAUGGAGCGAGUAUUAAUUGAAGAAAAGCGUCAUGACCGACGCAUUAAAAGUCUGCUACAGCCACUAGAUGUAUCCAAGAGUACCACCGAGAUUGUGGUGCGCUACGGCAAGCAAUUGAAAGAAUUCAGAAGCCGAGCCGUAUUUCGCCAGACUAAUUUUUACGCAAUCUCUCAACUCUGUUCAUCUUGGGAGAAAGACAUGACGUGGCUAUGCUUGUCUUGGAGUUCAAUGCUAGUUGACGACGUUGAAUUGUUUGGCAAGGAGACGACUGUGAAUAUCGAUCGAAUUGGGGGGGGGGGGCGUGAAAAAGGCUGCGCUGAUGAUAUACCGCAGAAGUAUAAGACUGUAGCAUUGCAAGCAGCAUUUGUACUACCGUCCGGGGCGUUUACGCUUGACUCCAACAAGGCGACGUGCGAUAUGCGGUUUGGAUGUCGUGUAUUUGAUCCAAGCGCCGGGUUAAAUCGCUGGCCAUCGACACCAACAAUUCCUGGACGACGAACAGUAACUUGA